GCCAAGGGCAGAACUUUUCUCUCCAAAAUUUGUUCACCAUCAUGGAUCUCAAAGUUGUGAUUGUAGUCGUCUGCCUGUGUGCGCUGGCCGUCACCUCCACCGAAGGUGGCAUCCCAAAAUGCUGCAUGACCACUCAAACCAACAUCCCCAAAAGAAUCCUGAUCAAGGUUUACAAAUGGGAGAUCCAGCGAAGCAACGGCGCCUGCAACAUCCAAGCUGUCAUCUUUUACGUCAAAGGAAUGUCAAAGCCCCUCUGCGCUCAUCCUCAAGAGAAGCUCGCCUUGAGCCAGCUGAAGAUGCGGAUGAAUCAGCUGCAGCAGAAACGGGCCGAAAAAAGGAUCUAGAAUCCAGGAAUUGAUUUCCGUUUGGCACCAUAAUGGCUUUCAUGUUUGGUAGUUGGGUGCAAGUAUAUUAACCUGUAGCAUGGUUUGGUGAUGGUGUAGCUGUAUCUUUCCCCCUUGUUUAUAAAAGUCUUCCAUUGUAUCGUUUUAUUGUGGAAAAAAUAACUGUCCGCAACAUUGGAUGUUGAAUAGACUGACAGCAUGAAUCCUUGAUGGCUUGUUGUCUGCUGACUUGUAACACCAACAUGCUGAGUAAGCACUCAAAUAAAA